AUGACCCCGCCCUUCAGAGCAGGGAACGAAGCUGGCUUCUCGGAGCAGACUGCUACAGUGUUCUCCCGUGGAGUGGCCAGUGGGCUGGCUCGUCCAACCUGGCUGUGGUCUAAGGCUAUUUUUGCUGGCUAUAAAUGAGAUCCCCGGAACCAGAGGCACACGGCUCUUCUUAAAAUUGAAGGUGUUUACACCCUAGAUGAAAUGGAAUUUUAUUUAUGCAAGAGAUGUGUUCAUGUGCACAAAGCGAAGAGCAACAUAGUGACCCCUGGCGGCAAGCCUAACAAAACCGGAGUCAUCUGGGGAAAGGUAACUCGUGCCCAUGGAAACGGUGGCAGGGUUCGGGCCAGAUUCCGGAGCAACCUGACUGCUAAGGCUAUUGGACACAGAAUCUGUGUGAUGUUGUACCUCUCAAGGAUUUAA